CAAGCACAUGCUUGCUCGUCCCUCUCGGAGCUGCAAUUUUCACACGUUAAUGGCCUGGAACCUGCUGUAAUCUUUUUCCUGUCAUAUUUCCAACCCACGGCGCAAGCACCACAUUCGUUCAGUCUGAUGUCUCGAGCUCGCCCGUCAUCGUUAUGCCCUCCUUCGUUGUCUUCUCUUUUUUCCCUCUCUCGCCUGAUCACAACGAAACCAUUCUACUCAUUCGCCGCACUAAUAGCCGCAGUAGCAACUCAAGAAAACGGGCUUCCACCCGAGGUUUACGUUGUGGGCAUACGUACCCCCAACCAGAUCAGAGAUUCGUUAUUUCGACUUUCUGUCGCCUGCGUGCAAGUUGUUUGUUGUUGCCUUUGGCCAGUUCGGAUACGGGGAUCCGUCAGGAGGAGACCCAAAAAUAGUAAGAUUGGGCUGGGGCUGAUCGACUGGGGCUGA